AUGGCCCAUCACCAGCCCAUCCGCGUAUUUCCCUCAACACCAGGGCCUCCAACCACGACGGCCCUGUCCAUCCUGGACAACACGGUGGCUCGGUUCUCUCCAACAGGCGCCAUCUGGGUCUUCGACGCCUAUCCUCCGCUCCCUCGCCAAGUCUUCCUCUCUCAGCUUCAAGCCGCCUUGACCAAAGCACUCUCCUCAUUCCCUCACUUUGCCGGCCAACUGCACUGGGACACGUCAACCCAGCGCUUCCACCGCGCAGCCGUCACCUACGGCUCCCCCUCCGACCCAGGCGUCGAAUACGCCGUCGUCGCCUCGUCUCAGGACAUCUCGAUCCCCAAGGCCCCCAUCUGGCAGGGCACAUUCCCGCAAGAUGCCCUCCUCGCCUCCCCGACGCCCCUCGCGCUGCACGACCUCAAAACAGCACACGGCCUGCCCGCCAUGAUCGUCCAGAUCACCCUGCUGCCCACGGCCUACGCCGUCGCUGUCAAGCUGGCCCACCCGCUCGCCGACGCGCACACGCUCCUCCAGUUCAUGCACCACUGGUCCGCCGCCCACGCCGCCCGCCCACCGCCCACGACACCCUCCUUCGCCCCGCGCCGUCUCGACGCGCACGCCGGCGGCAGCCCGACGCGCAAAAGAGACGACGCCCUGACGGCGCAAGCGAGAGCCCUGCCACUGCACAGAUUCGACUGGUGGGCCACAACCGCACCCGCCUACCCGCCCUUCCUCGCGCCGACAACAGCCAACUCGAAACCCACAGCCGCGCAUCGCCCAGCACCACCAACAGAAGAAGAACCCCCGCGGCCCGACCUGCAGAUCCCGCCCUGGCCAACAUGGGACCCCCAGCGCCCCGUGGCCCACGCGGGGCGCGCGAGGUCGUUGCUCGGCCGGCGGCGGUGGCGGUGGCGAUUCGGCGCUUGGGAGGUGUCGCCGCAGAGAAUCUGGCAGGCGUUUUUGGGGGAGAGGCAUGUUCUCGUGACGUCUUGGUUGAGGAUUGGCGUGUAUGAGGUUGAGUUGUUUGGGGCGAGGCCGGCGUGGGUUCACUCUGUCAUGCCGAGGAUGGAUGGGUGUGUGCAGGUCAUGGAGGGGAGGGAGGGGGGCAUGGAUGUGUCGGUGUACCUGGAGGCGCAGGCGAUGGACAGGCUGUUGGCCGAUCGUGAACUUGGAGUCUAA